CUCAUCCUGGGAGGAUCUCUGUCCAGCCAGCUGGUAGGUGGAAGACCUCAGGGACUCCCAUUUCCUGGCCUGGAAAAGGUCCCGUCCCCCGCCCCUAUGACCAACAUGAGCUGGAGCUUCCUGACGCGGCUGCUGGAGGAGAUCCACAACCACUCCACGUUCGUGGGCAAGGUGUGGCUCACCGUGCUGGUGGUCUUCCGCAUCGUGCUCACGGCCGUGGGCGGGGAGUCCAUCUACUCAGACGAGCAGACCAAAUUCACGUGCAACACGCGGCAGCCGGGCUGCGACAACGUGUGCUACGACGCCUUCGCGCCCCUGUCGCACGUGCGCUUCUGGGUCUUCCAGAUCGUGGUCAUCUCCACGCCGUCCGUCAUGUACCUGGGCUACGCCGUGCACCGCCUGGCGCGCGCCUCGGAGGACGAGCGCCGCCGCGCGCCUCGCCGCCGCCCCGGCCAUGGACGCCGCCCAGCCCGCGCGCCUCUGCCGCUGCCCCCGCCGCCGCACCCCGGCUGGCCCGAGACCGCCGGCCUGGGCGAGGAGGAGCCCAUGCUGGGCCUGGGCGAGGAGGACGAGGACGCGGGGGUGGCCGACGGCCUAGGCGAGGAGGCCCAGGCGGAGGACGCGGGCAUGGCCAAGGGCGCGGGCGCUGACGGCAAGGCGGCGGGGGCCCCGGGUCCAGCCGGGCAGCACGACGGGCGGCGGCGCAUCCAGCGCGAGGGCCUGAUGCGCGUGUACGUGGCCCAGCUGGUGGUGCGGGCUGCCUUCGAGGUGGCCUUCCUGGUGGGCCAGUACCUGCUGUACGGCUUCGAGGUGCGGCCCUUCUUCGCGUGCAGUCGCCAGCCCUGCCCGCACGUGGUCGACUGCUUCGUGUCGCGGCCCACGGAGAAGACCAUCUUCCUGCUGGUCAUGUACGUGGUCAGCUGCCUCUGCCUGCUGCUCAACCUGUGCGAGAUGGCGCACCUGGGCCUGGGCAGCGCGCAGGACGCGGUGCGCGGCCGCCGGCCGCCGGCUGGCACCCCGGGCCCCGCGCCGCGUGCGCCGCCCGGCACGCUGCCCGCCUCACCCGCCGGCCUCGCCUGCCCCCCAGACUACAGCCUGGUGGUGCGCGCAGCUGAGCGCGCGCGCUCGCAUGACCAGGACCUGGCCAGCCUGGCGCUGCAGGCGCUGCGGGAGGGGCACGCGAUGGGUGACCGCGACAGCCCGCCCUGCCCCGGCCUCCCUGCGGCUGCUCGGGGGCCCCCACGGGCUGGCGCCCCCGCCUCCGGCUCAGGCAGUGCCACGUCGGGGGGCACGGGCCCAGGCGGGGGCCAGGCCAGGCCGGGCUCCAAGCCCAGGGCGGGCUCAGAGAAGGGCAGUGCCAGCAGCAGGGAAGGCAAGACCACCGUGUGGAUCUGACGGCCCCGCCGCUGACGUGGCCUGUCCUCCCUCCAGGCAGAGGCUGGGGUGGGGGGCUGUGGGGGAAGGCCCAGGGCUGGGCGCUCAGGGCUCUCUUCUUCCUCCUCCUCGGUCUCCGCA